CUCGACAGAUACACGUGCUUUCGAUAGUCCUUUGGCAGACCUACGCAAUGACGAACACAAACGGGCGUAUUGUCGACACUGAUGUGUUGAUAAUUGGAGCCGGCCCGGCAGGGGCGUCUCUGGCCUGUUUCCUGAGUUCACACGGGAUCAAGGGAAUCAUUAUAGACCAGAAUUCAACUAAUGCCGACACGCCACGCGCGCACAUCACCAACAUGGCUGCACUUGAAUGUCUGCGAGACAUUGGACUAGAUAAGAUAUUGAUGGACCUUGCUUCCAAGGGCAACUGCAUGGUGCACACACGUUGGUGCCACAGUAUGGCCGGUAAAGAGUAUGCUCGCAUCUACUCCUGGGGAAAUGACCCGGCAAGAAAGGGCGACUACGAGAAAGCCAGUCCUUGCGAGCCUUGCGAUCUGCCACAAACAUUGCUGGAGCCGCAGCUGGUGCGAUAUGCUACGCUCCACGGGUUUCAGAUACGGUUCGACUCCAAAUUCCUUUCUUUCGAAGAAACUAGUACAGGUGUAACGGCCAUGGUUCUUGACAAAGUCACUGGCGUAACUUAUACCAUCUCCUCCAAGUACCUUUUCGGUGCAGACGGUGCCCGCUCUCAAGUCGUCGCGCAGCUUGGCCUCCCGCUGACCAAGGGACCCGGCGGCGGCCCGGCAUUAAAUGUUCUUGUGCGUGCAGACAUAUCUCAUCUUAUCCAACAUCGCACCGGAAAUCUGCACUGGGUUUUGCAGCCAGAUGUUGAACAUCCUGACUUUGGGUGGUCGUGUAUUGUCCGCAUGGUCAAGCCCUGGUAUGAGUGGAUGUUCAUCUUCUUUCCCUAUCCAGGUACUGCACUAGACCGGCAGCCGUCUGAGGAUGAGUAUCGAAGAAGGGUGCAGCAGGUGAUUGGAGAUGAUACCCCUGUGGAAAUACUGCGCAUCAACACCUGGAAUGUCAAUGAGACUGUAGCCGACAAGUACUCAAGUAAACGAGUCUUCUGUCUUGGAGACGCUGUCCAUCGACACCCCCCUUUCAACGGCCUAGGCUCUAACACGUGCAUCCAAGACGCGUUCAACUUGGCAUGGAAGGUAGCUUACGUCAUUCAAGACAAGGCCGGGCCAGAACUCUUGGAGAGCUAUUCCACUGAAAGGCAGCCCGUAGGAGAGGGCAUCGUUCGACGUGCAAACCAGGGAUUCCGUGACCAUUCUCGCAUUUGGUCAGCUCUCGGAGCACUUGAGAAAUCCCGAGCUGACGGCGCCGCUGCACUCGAGGAACUAAGUGCGGAUAGCGAUGUUGGCCAGAAGCGUCGCGCCGAGCUUAGAGCAGCCAUUACCGAGACCAACCACGAGUUUCAUGGCCUCGGAAUUGAGAUGAACCAACAUUACAAAUCCUCAGCAGUGUAUCCGGAAACUAAUCCACAGAUUGAAUCCGGAAAUCCCGAUCCCGUCCUGUACCACAUUCCCCGUGCUCUGCCCGGCCGACGCUUGCCACACAUCUGGCUUAACACAACAAUUCCCUCCUCCCCUGUUUCCACAAUUGAUAUUGCAGGCAAGGGAGGCUUCACUCUUUUUACAGGAAUUGGCGGAAAGCCGUGGAAGACGGCGGCGGCUGCUGUGUCAACGAAGCUUGGUGUUCCCAUGCGGGCUGUAUCAAUCGGCUACGGCCAAGAGUACCAAGACCUCUACUUUGAUUGGGCUUCUGUCCGUGGCAUCGAGGAAUCAGGCUGCAUUCUGGUCAGACCAGAUCGGAUUGUUGCAUGGAGCCAUAACUGCAUGGAGGGCAACACAGCCUGGACGGAGGAAAUGUUAUUGAAGGUUAUGAAGACAGUUUUGUCACUGAAUUCUUAGAUAGCCACUCUUAUCAUUAUAGUUAUUCUAAGAAUGUGAUACCUCAAAAACAGAUAUGACUG